UAUAAGAGUGAGGUAAGCGAGCUAAGCGGCAGAGGCAGGGCAGUUCAGGAGAGGGAAAAGGGAGGUGUGUUCUUGGGAUGGGAAGGGUGGAAAAGAGUGAAGAAAGUCUCGAUGGAUACUGGGGAGUCGAAGGAAUAAGGCAAGUAGGAAAGCGUGCGUGGGAAAAGUAGAAUAAUGGGUCCCCACGUGCCAGCAUGGAGUUGAGUAAGAGUUGUUUUUAAAGUGUAAUUUGAAAGGAAAAGGGGGGGGGGGUGAGCAUAUCCUCCCCUCUGUCCCUUUGAGCAAGUUGAGCCAGGCUGUACCAGAGCCAGGAAAAGGGGAAGGGCCUCCAUCUCCUCUUUUUCCGACUGACAAAAACAGCUGAGCGGGAGCCCGAUCUCGAGGCAUUGCGGUGGACCGGGAAGACGGGGACGAGUGGUGGAUAGCAGGUGGAGACAUCCCUGACAGUCAGGACCCCCCCACCUCCCACCCCAUCCACCUACAUGGGUUGCGUCCUGAGCUCGGACUGGUGCGGGGAGGACGUGGUGCAAGCGGUGCCGGUGGUCAGGAACCCGUCCGUGAGGAGUCGCAGCCUGGAGAGGAGCGACAGUGGCACGAUGAGGCUGAUGAAGUCAGCGAAGGGGGAGCCUCACGCCUUCAAGGAGAAGACUUUCAAGAAGAGGCGUCAGUGCACUGUGUGUCACCAGAAUGUGGACAACCUCGGCUCCUUCUGCAGAGUCUGUAAGACAGCCACUCACAGGAAGUGCGAGAGCAAGGUAACCACAGCAUGUAUCCCAGUUCCUGCCAACGACCUGCAGCGUAGAGGGACAGCUCCGCCUCGAAAUGGCCAACACCUGGGCUCCACCAAGUCGUUGACCUACACCAAGCAGAGAAACACGCUGCCGAGGAGCUUCAGUGUGGAUCGCGUGAUGGAGCGAGUGAUGGAGCGCCACUAUGACUUUGACCUCACCUACAUCACCGAGAGAAUCAUCUCUGUCUUCUUCCCACCCAAGCUGGAAGAGCAGCGGUACCGCCUCAACCUGAAGGAGGUGGCCGCCAUGCUCAAGUCCAAGCAUCAAGACAAGUUUCUGCUCCUCAAUCUCUCCGAAAGGCGCCAUGAUAUGAGCCGAUUGAAUCCAAAGGUUCACGACUUUGGCUGGCCCGACCUCCAUGCUCCGCCGCUGGACAAAAUCUGCGCCAUAUGCAAGGUCAUGGAGACGUGGCUGACCUCUGACCCCCAGCACGUGGUGGUCCUGCACUGCAAGGGUAACAAAGGCAAGACAGGAGUGAUCAUUGCAGCCUACAUGCACUACAGCAAGAUCUCAGCAGGGGCGGAUCAGGCUCUCAGUACUCUUGCCAUGAGGAAGUUCUGCGAAGACAAGGUGUCCACUUCCCUCCAGCCAUCCCAAAACAGGUAUAUCUAUUACUUUGGGGGUCUUCUGUCAGGAGCCAUCAAAAUGAACAGCAGCCCACUUUUCCUCCACCAAGUUCUCAUCCCGUCACUCCCCAACUUCCAAGGGGAAGGAGGUUACUACCCCUUCCUGAAGAUCUACCAGUCGAUGCAGUUGGUCUACACUUCAGGCAUAUAUGACCUUCACGGAAGCGGGGGAAGGCGACUGUGCGUGACCAUCGAACCAGCGCUCCUGCUUAAAGGUGACAUCAUGGUCAAAUGUUACCACAGGCGAGCCCAAAGUGCUGACAGGGACAACGUGUUCAGGCUCCAGUUCCACACUUGCACUAUCCAUGGAUCCCAACUGUGGUUUGGCAAAGGAGAACUGGACGAAGCUUGCACAGAUGAACGUUUUCCAUUGGAUGCCACAGUGGAGUUUGUCUUUUCAACUGGACCCGAGAAGAUCAAAGGUCGUGAGUACCACAAAAAUGACCCGGCCGUCACGGUUGAUUACAACACUGCUGACCCUGUAGUUCGCUGGGAUUCCUAUGAAAACUUCAACCAACGAUACCAGGACAGUCUUGAGGACAUUGCCCACACAAGAGGUCCUGUUGAUGGCAGCCUCUAUGCGCAAAUAAAGAAACGCCGGGACCCAAGUUCUGGUUCUGUUUCUUCAACCAAUGGCAGCAGCCACGGGGCAGAGGAGAGACCCGAUCAAUUCCUCUCUCAUCACUCUGACUCUGCGCUUUCGGCACAUUCGAGCCCCUUUAACCAAUCAUCCAUCCAUACUGACCACCGCGAAGAGACAUUACAUCCACCGCCUCCUUCCAGGCAAGAACGAGAGGAGCUUGAGCGUCUGCUGGGAGGCAUAGAGGGAAGCCGGAAUGUCGAGCGAGAGACCGCCAUCUUGGAUGACGGCGAUUCGUCACCUUCGGAGCGGACCGAGACACUGAGGCUCAGCAGGUCCUGUUCGUGCCGAGAUGGAUACCGGUCUCAGCGCUGUGCGGAACCUGGAUGCGACCGCACCCUGUUAAUGCCAAAUGGUUACUGCCUUGAUCGAGCACCUGGUACCAAUGGGCACCACGGGGCCACUCCUUCUCCCAUCCCCAACUCAGCUGCUCCUCCCUCACACAUGGACCUGUGCCAGCACUAUGGUCCACACCCCCACCAGUCUCUCCCACCACCAGACCUGGUGUGGGAUCGCCAGAGCAACCAGCAGCACUGCCGCGCUUGCUCGGAAGCUACCUCCUCACGUCAUCUCUGCCACUACCCUUCUCUUGACCACAACCAUUCUCACUAUCCUCUCUCUGCACCGGCUCGCGUCUGCUGUCGAGAGGACGAUUACAGUCCCUACCACCUUCCUCCUCUGUCUCACAGCCACCACCAUCCCCACCCUCACAACCCCAAGUCCUCCACCAGCCCACCCUAUCAUGAAGUAAUGUUAAUGGAGAGUCUACCGCCCCCUGGCUGCUCUUGCAGGGAUUGCAGUAUCAGGAGAGAAGAAGCAUCAGUAGCCUAUCACAGCCUCAGGCUUGAUCGGGGCAACGGAUAUCACUGGGACAGAGAGGCAGAACUUCAACAGCCGGAGCUACGAAGAACAAGGGAGGCAGAAUUAGCCCGAGGGGGAUCGGAGAGCCAUUGGGAGAGGCGCGGCCGAGAGUUCUCUCUCCCUUGGGAGCGAGACAGAGAGGCGGAGCUCCAGUGGGAAAGGGAGAGAGAGGCGGAUUACUGGCACAAGAGGGACACCGUGGCUUCCUAUGGGCCGCAGGGCCACAAUCACCACGCCUUCACCUUUGACCCCUUGCCAUCAUGUCACCCCGGCUAUCCGGAGCCUUCACGGUCCCACGCUCAUUCACACCUCGACCUCAAGUACAGCAGCAGUAUCAGCGGCUACCAAACGCCCCGGCAGGUGUGCCCGUGCUCGCCUUACCAGCCGUCACCGUCUGAAAGCAGGGGAUACGCCUCAGGCUACCAGUCCGAGUCCACUUCGCCGUUGCCACCCGCGUCCUCCAUGAUGGGACCCUGUAGCCAUAGCGGUGGGUCAGCCGAGCAUAAUCCCAGUCACCACCGUCACCAUCCGGACGCACAGCAACCAUACAGCUCCGACUCACAUGCGGACGGCAUUCGUAGCUCAGGUGAAAGCGUGGGCUGGAGGGACCACAUCACCAAUGGUUCUUUUAAAAGAGGCCACAGAGAGGGCCACGGCGCGUGCUCUACCCCAUCAGACUUGUCCGGACCGUCCACUCCCGUCCAUACAAGCAGUCCUCUGCGGACGCAGGAAAGUCCCAGUCCAGGAAGAGAGUACGGGAUCCGGAAAACAGUCAUCAGCAGUGACCACGAGGCAUCACAGCCCCAGGAUGGGCAAUACUCUUCUGGUAACGUCAUCCAGGUGGCCACGGAGACCCCAAGAAGCACCUCACCAAUGAAAAGCCAACCGUCAAACACAACCUCACUCACUCAAACAGACUCGCACAACCACUGCACUGCACCAACUGCUCCGCCCCCGACAACAACCGCCCCACAGCAGCACUGUAACCAUGACGGACAAUCAUCAACACAGAAUAGUCGUUCGGACUCUGUGAUGACAACCGCGUCUGUCCAAACCUCAGCCGCACCGGCUCACCAUUCCCAACAUCCCACUUUGGAGACCCCUCAUCCGUCCGAGGCUGCCGCGGUGCCUUCCUCGUCGACUCAGGCAGUGUGUCACCCUCCAAGCCAAACCCAGGCCACCAACUCGGUAGCCAGUCACUUGCCGCAGGUGAAUGGAUGUUCUUCUCCAACCAGGGGUUCCCUCCCUGAAGUCCCCAAAUCUCCCAGCAGCCCCAAUUCUACAAGUUCCCACCCAGCCCCCUCACCUGCGUUGUCUUCAACCCAGGCCGCAUCCAGCAGCAUGGAAGGAUCUCCCGUUUCAGAGAGCCCCGUUCCUGGCUUUGCCACUCUGGGUAGGAAGUUGAUGAUGAGCGGCUCUGACCUCCACCAUCACAACCAGAUUCCCGCCCACCACGGACCCCCUCAACACCCCUAUCCAAGAAUGGAACACAACCCGCCAAUCGACAUCAAUAAGAGACACUACCACUCUGCUCACCCCCCACAGCUUCAUCAAAUAUCCGUCUCCAACUACUCCACCAUCUCCAUACCACUUCCUCACCCACAGCCUCCUCUUCCAGAGAAACGGCAUCAUCAACCCGGCUCACCCGCCGAAGAAGCGGAGGCUCACAAACCAACCGUGAGCCACUCCAGCAAUACUCAGCAUCAGCAUCAUGUCACCUUCUCACCAACCGUGGGGGAAAUUGCACCCUGUGAGAACCAGAGUGAUGCUGGCUCUGAGGAGCCGGAGAAUGGAAACAGAGUCAGUGUCAAGUUUGUCCAGGACAGUUCGAGGUUCUGGUAUAAGCCAGGCAUCUCCAGAGAGCAAGCAAUCGUUGCUUUGAAGGAGAGAGAGCCUGGGACCUUCCUGAUCAGAGAUAGUAAUUCCUUCCAAGGUGCUUAUGGCCUGGCACUGAAGGUGGCCACACCUCCUCCUAAUGUCAACCAGCAUAGCAGUAAAGGCGACCCUCUCGAACAUUUGGUGAGACACUUCCUCGUCGAAACAGGACCCCGAGGAGUCAAGAUUAAAGGCUGUCAGAAUGAGCCCUACUUUGGGAGUCUUACUGCACUAGUCUAUCAACACUCCAUCACACCCAUCUCUUUGCCCUGCGCACUGAAGAUCCUCGAAAAAGAUCUGAUCGGAGAGGUGCCAGAGGUUCAGCCUGUUAGCAACAUCAGCACUGCUGCUGACCUGCUCAAACAAGGAGCUGCCUGUAACGUCCUCUACCUGAAUUCUGUGGAAACGGAGUCUCUGACUGGCCCACAGGCCAUUGCCAAAGCAACAGACGCCACACUGGGGAGCAGCCCGCGCCCCGCUGCCACCAUAGUCCAGUUCAAAGUGACGUCGCAGGGCAUCACGUUGACCGACAGCCAGCGCAGGGUUUUCUUCCGCAGACAUUACGCAGUGAACAGCGUAACCUUCAGUAGCCUUGACCCCAAGGAUAGGAGGUGGACUAACUCAGACAACACCACUGUUAAAGUUUUCGGUUUCGUAGCCAAGAAGCCGGGCAGCUUGGCGGAGAACGUCUGCCACUUGUUUGCCGAGCUGGACCCGGAACAACCUGCCUGCGCCAUCGUCAACUUCAUCAACAAAGUCAUGUUGUCGCAGCGCCGGUGAACAGAAGCUGCUUUGUUUGUGAGCUUAAUUCCUAACGCCGUUGUUAGGAUUCGCCUAUUUGGGAGCUCAUCGGACUGGAGGCUACGUGACAAGACACAAAAAAUGGAGUUCACAGAAUGUUAUAACUCGAUUCCAAAGUGGAGGGACUGUGGACUGUGAGAACAUUUGAUUUGGUCUGCCUUGCAACGCUUUAAAAAAAAAACUGCCUCAGAGGAACUGUUACAAAGAGACCAAAAAAUUUCAGCCGCAAAUGCUCCAAUAAUUAAAAAAAUUUGAUUUGAUCAGUCAGUAGCUUGCAUCACCAAGCUAAAAGUCUGUUUGGGUACCUUGCUGCAGGUUGGGUUCAAAGGAACACAUCAAAAAUAUCAUGACUGAAUUUUCAAGUCUCCUUGUUUCUGUAAAAUAAGCAGACUGCCGAAGUAUGUCCGGAGAUGUGAUCAGAGGUGGAAAAAGGAGAAUAUGUUUGCCAAAAACGUUUUGGUAUUUCACCAUACUUAUUUUUGGUUUGUUUUUUUUGGAGUACCGUACAUGCUAGGACAGUAACAUCACAUGUAAACAACUACAACUAGUGUAAUUUGAAUAAUGGUAUAUAAUAACUUAUAUGUUUUUACUGAAAAAGCACAUUCUUAAGUACAGACUUUGUUGGAUUUGUUGGCCCCCUGAUCUAAAUCAAAAACCGAGUGUUACCAGCUGUGUGACAGCAGACGACAUGCAGGAGCGGCCAACGAGAAAGAUUUUGAACGUCACAGAAUUUGAAUACUUCAAAUCAAAAGAAGACCAAAGACCUGAUCAUAUUUGGUGUCAGGUGUGUAUAAUAACUCCCAUAAUCGUUAACGACAAUCCUGUAAUUACUCCUCCAACUCACACACUAAUUCAGCUGAGCGUAAAUAGGAAUGUUCGCGUUUUAGCCGUCCGUAUCGGGGACAGUUUGAAAGUAUUUUCGGCGACCGAGUGUCGUUACGUCCGCUCUUAACUGAAGUAUAACGCAAGUGAAAUGAGGGUGGGGAAGAAAGGAGAAGUGAGGAUGUACGUGCAGUGUUAUUGUGCUUUGAUUGUAUUGAGCGUCAUUUUCACACAGAGGCCAAAAAAAAAUGUACUUAGCCAAAGAUGAAGCACUCUUGUAUGAAUUAAUAAGCUUUUCAUCAAGCUAUAUUUUUGUACUUAACGGCUCCUUGUAGCUCCGCUAUGCAUUUAUUUUAGUGUUGCCUUCGUAAAAAAAAAAAACUACAUUACAGCAAUAAUAUAUUGUGGUCUUUGUAUUAUAUCUCCCAUGUCGAUCUCUAUACGAUGUAGUAAUAUAUUUUCACAUGCAGCUAUAGGACCAUGUAUGAGACGUCACAAAAGGAAACGUUGUUUUGUUUGAAAAGGAAUAUUAUGCUAUUUUGUAUUCAGAAAAUAGAAUAAAGUGAGAAUGUGGUACCGUA